AUGGCAAGUCGCUCGGAGCGGGAUGCAUCUGGCAAACGCAACCACUGCCAUUUCGCCGUGAAGGCUCUUCUCGGAGUCCCAGGCGAAGCUGUAUUCCUCGCAAACCCAUACAACAACCGCCAUGAGUGCGAGAGCCGGUCUCAAAUUUCCCGUCUCUCACCAGACGCUCAGGCCAAACUUAUUGUGCCUUUGCUACUGGAGGCAUUCAUCAACCGUACGACGAGCCGGGCCACCACCGACGAGAGCCUUGCGCAGGCUGUGUCCCGCAGGUGCCAGGAAAUUGGCAUCAGACGCGAGCUUUGUGAUGUUGCCGUCACUACCGCUGAAGAGCUUCGCAGUGCCGAGGCGUGCUGGAGUCGAUGGAGCAAGGCAUUAGUGGAAGCAAUGGCUGUGCUUAAUAUCUCGGAUGACGGUGUCGAGAAUGUCGAGAUGGUCUGCAUGAAUUGUGGGUUUACUCUGUCGAUGGAUAAGCCCCUGCAGCCGUGUUCUCGGUGCUUGCAAGUCUCGUAUUGCUCGAGGGAAUGUCAAACCGUGGACGCUAAGGGUCACAGUCCGGAAUGUGUGUCUGGUAUUGAUUGA